AUGAGAAGUCUACGUUGUUUAUUCCUAGCACGCCAGCUGUUUGUUAAUGCAAAAUGGCUGCAUUCUACAGAACCACACAGGACCCAGGUGAGAAUAUGCACCUUUAUAAUCCACUCCCAAUGAAUGAAUAUAUAUAUUAUUAUGGUCUUUCACACGCUUGUUUCAUGGGACAUUCUGAUAUAAUAUGAAAUUAUUAGUAUUAUUUGACCCUUGCCACUGUGUUCCAUUCUGUUAGAUAAACCCACCUGGCUUUCAGGAUAAUACAAAAUCCAGUGGGACGAGUUAAUAUUUAUUUUUAUUUAAGUGGCUUGACAACCUGUGAUCAUUGGAGAGGUUCUCUGUUAUGUCCCUUUGACCAUCAGUACUAAGACUGCUCCAGUACUUUCUGAGGAGGAAUCUCCUUUGCCCUCUAAAAUACAUCCAUGCUGUGUGUACAGCUUGUGCAUGCAUUGAACCACAGGUGUUAAAGCAGAAAUGGGUAAUAAAUUGAGAUGAGAAGAUCUCCUCCUUUCUUUCAAUGUCCAGGCACCGGUAGGCAUGCUUGGUGAUCAGUUUCAUGAUUUUAGCUGCAUUUGAAGAAUGAGUGACUUAACUAAAGCUUGACAGCAUUGUGCCCUCCGGAGAGAGAGAGACAUUUAUAUGAUAUACAUUUGAGAAGCUAUAUUGUUCUUGAUAAUGAGAAGAAUUAUAUAUUAUGCCCAUACUUUAUCUAUGCUCUUCUUUUUGUUCUAGGUGUGUCGUGCUCUGCAUACACCUCCCUCAAGGCGCCCGCCCCAGACCAAAUCACAAAGCUCUCUGAUAACAUACGAAGAUGUGUUUGACCAGGAACAGCGGAGCAAAGCGUCGUUUGUUGAGGUGCUCGAUCUGUUCUGCAACCGAGACAUCCGGCGACGAGGUCACGUGGAGCUAAUUGAAGCUGCUCUCAAGUGGAUGCCAGAAUUUGGAGUAGAGAAAGAUCUAGAAGUCUACAACAAGCUCCUUGAUGUGUUUCCUAAAGAGGUCUUUGUCCCUCAAAAUUACAUCCAGAGAAUGUUCAAUCACUAUCCACGGCAGCAAGAAUGCGCCAUCAGAGUGCUGGAGCAGAUGGAGAACUAUGGUAAUGCCCAAAAAAGCGUGUUUAGGAACGUGGAGUUGGUCAUAGAAGAAAGUAAAGGAGUGAACUAUUUGACUUUGCUGUUGUGUUUAGUUUUUCUGCUUGAUUCUUGCAAAGGUUCAAAAAUAAUAUCAGGAAGUAUUACUUUACUGAGAAGGUAGUGGAUGCAUGGAGUAGCCUUCCAGCUGAAGUGGUAGAGGUUAACACAGUAAAGGAGUUUAAGCAUGAGGCUAUCCUAACUAUAUAAGAUAAGGCCAGGGACUAAUGAAAGUAUUUAAAAAAUUGGGCAGAAUAGAUGGGCCGGAUGGUUCUUAUCUGCCGUCACAUUCUAUAUUUCUAUGAUGCCAUUCCAAUUUUAGGCCAAAACAACCAUGUUUGAAAAAUUAGAGUUGCACAUUUCCUUUUUUAGUUUUACUGUUUUUACCCAAACUGAAAGUUUGCCUUGGCAAUUCCCCAUAAUUUCCUCUUUACUUGAUAGAAUUCUUCUCUAAGCGUUGAUUGAAGGAUUAGCUAUUCCUAUGUAACAUAACUAUCAAGUGGAACAUGGCACAGAAUGCCGUAAUAACCUAUUUUUCUUCUCUGUAGGCAUUACCCCUAACAGCCAGACUCGAUUCCUUCUGCUGCAAAUAUUUGGAGAGCGCAGUCAUCCCAUGAGAAAAUACCAGAGGUUAAUGUACUGGUUUCCUCGGUUCAAGCAUACUAAUCCUUUCCCAGUUCCUGAAACAUUAGCUGACCCUGUAGACCUAUCAAAGGCUUGCCUCCAGCGUAUAACAGCAGAUAAAGAUGCACGUACCACUGUGUAUCAGGUGAGCACCGAGGACAGCAUUUUAUGAAGUACCUUCCAGCCUUGUGUAAAAGUUGACCAUUUUGGUUUUUCUUCUUUCAGAUGCCCUCCUCAGAAGAGAUAGAGGAUGGGGAAGGGCAGGAGAACACGUACAUUGUUGGUAUGUUCUUCUCUUUGACUCAAUCAUAAGGUUUGGGCUCAUAUUGUAGAAACUUAAAACAAAAUAGAAGUUAGAAAAGCUGAAGAAGGAAAUAUUUUUCACGUAAGGAUAAGUAAAACACGUGUGGGAAAAGUGUGCAUGCGAACUUCUUGGAUUUUAAGGUUCUCCUGCAGUAGUAGAAGGUUUUCAGUGAUAGAUAUAUGGUUGUUUUGAAAUGGCCUUGUUACCAGGGAUCUUAGCUUAGAUAUGCAUAAAUUAGAAGGGCCGUUUGCUAAUUAUUUGAUGUCUAAAUAUCUUUCAAUGUCUUCCUCUGUAAUCUGAACCAUAGAGAAGGUCAGCGAAAGACAAACGGCUGGAAUUUAAAUAGUCACCAUGGAAACCAGUACUGCUAAUUCCUCCACUUUGCGUCAGAACUGUUCUUUACACAUCCCUUCUGUGAUUAUGCUGUUUACAGGUAUCCAGUCUCCAGAUCAAGUUGCCCUCCUUGCUGAACAUGACACCACCAUGCCUGUCUUGGUGGAAGGGCCUCAUCCCUUGUGGCUAAGGAAGACCUGUGUGUAUUAUUAUGUUCUGCGUGCUGACCCUUCAGCCAUAAAGAAGGAGGUGAGUACGGUGCUUCCGGGUAGAUGGGGCUAUUCUCUGUGCUAAUAGAAAUCUAAUCAUAACCCCCUUACAGGUGGAGGUGGACCACGAGAGAAGUCUUUACUAUCCUAUUAGCCUAGAUAUAGACCUCGAAAGAGAUUUUUCUGAAGAGAACACCUUUGAUGUGGAGGAAGGUAAGCAAUAUAUAUCUACACUGUUGUCUAUCGAUAAUAGUUCUGUUUAAGUUGUCCACAUAGGGCUGAGCUCUCUCCUACCUGGAAGCUCUGAUGAUUGCUGCACAAAACCCAUUUCACCAAACAGUGAUUCAUGCAGUGUAAACUGAUAGCCCAUGUGAUAAAUAGGACUGCAUCCCGGGGAUUAAUUACUUAAUAUUUUUAUAUAUUAUUUGUAUAAUCCAUUAAAAAAUAGGUGCCUUUCUACUACUUAAUCAAACUAAUAAGAUAGAAGCAUGCAGUACAUUUAUUAUGUGAUUUGUAUUGUGCAACGAUCUAGUUCACCUUUGGACAUAUUUAACAAGUCACCAGCUUUUAUUUCCAGAUCCAGGGCAAAGCCCACGUGGACAAAUUCAGCUUUCCAAGAGUAGCACACACGGAUUGUUAUCAUACUGAUAAGCGUUACAAACCUACAUCCCGAAUAUCUGAACUUACCCGUCCACGUAGAUUAUUUAUCUAACUGGAGCAAAGAAUGCUCCGGAAUCUGCCAGUCAGAUACAUUCCACUAGAAGCCAGGUAAAAUGAGGAUAACCGGAGGAAAAAACUGCAUCCAUAGAUGGAAAUACUUGCAGAACCCCAGAGAAUACACUGAAAAUAAGCUUUUAGUUCUUGGACAGGUAGUGCGGCAUGAUUUGAAAUGCUUAAAGGGACACUAUAGUCACCAAUACAAGUUUAGCUUAAUGAAGCAGUUUUGCUGGAUAGAUCAUUCCCCUGCAGUCUCACUGCUCAAUUCACUGCAAUUUAGGAGUUAAAUCACUUUUGUUUCUGUUUAUGCAGCCCUAGUCACACCUCCUCUGACUGUGACUGACACAGCCUGCAUGAAGGCAAAAUGGUUUAAUUUUCAAUCAGAUGUAACUCACUAUGAAUGUUUAUAUCUCCCGCUCUGUAAAUUGAAUUUUAACCCCUUCCCGACCCUGGAUGUAUCGGGUACGUCCGACAACAAACGGUCCUUAGGGACUGCGGACGUACCUAAUAGGUCUGCAGCAAAUUUGAGCACUGGAGCGCAUCGUACAAUACCCCCCCUCACUGCCGGGCACCCGAGUGAUAGCUCCCCCCAGAGCAAUCACUUCUGGGUUGCCCCACAUGGUGCACGACAGUGUGGAGCAGAGCAUCGGAAGCCAUCAGCCAGGCUUCCGAUGCACUGCCUGUACUGAGUGCUUCGAGGGGUUACAAUAAAAUAAAUAAUUUAUUUUAUUUAUUUUUUUUUAUUUUAUUUUUUAUUAAUGCCUACCCUCCUUUCCUAUCCCUCCCCAUGUACAUACUGAUCGCCGUCAUUCCCCCGCCGGCGAUCGGUCUUCCUCUGAGGGGGACUGUCUGGGCUCUCCAUAAAACCUGUACAUCAGGUGUAUUUUUAUACUCUGGAGACUUCGUUGAAGACAAAUAUGAGUGUUUAAAACAGGAAAAAUAAUCACGACGAAAUCACCAGUAAAAGUGCAGUUUUUGGGUAAAGAAAAGAGGAAGAAAACAAAUAUGAACGCUAACUUUCGCAAGCGUUUGUGGCUACUACAAAAGACUGCACAUACCCCAUUUUGAAUACCCUGGGUUGUCUACUUUUACAAAUGGUAAGCCAUGAUGGGGUUAAUUUUCAUUCCUGGGCUGCUAUACGGUCUCAAAGGCAACAUAGGCCCACCAAACCAAUCUGGCAAAUUUAAAUGUGCAAACAUGGAAAAGGGGAAAGCCCUACAUUUGACCCCUGUAAGUUUGCAAUAACCCAUAAAACCUGAACAUUGGGGGCACUGUUGUACUCGGGAGAUAUUGCUGAACACAUAUUGGGGUGUCUUUAAGCCCCCUGAGAACCAGACAUACCUAUACAUGGGUGGUAUCACUUUACUCAGGAGAUGUUGCUGAACACAUAUUGGGGUGUUCUUUGUCAGUAACACAUUACAGGAACUGAGAAUCCAUGCCUAAAGUACAAUGUGAGAGAAAAAAAACACAAAGAAAUGACUACCCAAAAGUUUUACAAAGACUGGUAGAAUUAGUGCAUGGAAUAUGUUAAAAUACCACCAUUUGAAAUACCAUAGGGUAUCUAAUUUUCAAAAAUAUUAGGUUUUAUGGGGGUAAAUUACAUUGGCCGGCUUCAAAAAUGUCCCAAAUAGGACAUGGGUGCAUGAUGACCAGCUCCAAGUUGGAAAUACAUAUAUAUAUAUAAUUAUAAAUAAAAUGUAAAAAAAAUAUAUAAUUUUAUUCUAACUGUAUUUUGAUAUAUAUAUAUAUAUCAAAAGACACUUAGAAUGAAAUUAUAUAUAUCUAUAUAUAAAUAAAAAUAAUACGAAAUAUAUCCAUAUACAUAAUUACAUAAAUAAUUUCAUAAAUAUAGACAUUGACUUCAAAUAUAUAAAUAUGUAUAUAUUUAAAUUCUAUGUGCAUAUUUAUGUAAUAUUUUUACAUAAUUAAGUAAUUUGUUUUUAUUGCAAUUUGAGGGACCUGCCUGACAACCCAGGCCGAAAGUCCAGAGAAUUGAAUUUGCUAGCACUGUAUUUUACCCUGUAACGUUCUACGACACCCUAAAACCUGUACAUAGGGGGUACUGUUUUACUCGGAGACUUAGCUGAACACAAAUAUUAGUGUUUCAAAACAGUAAAACAUAUCACAGCGAUGAUAUUGUCAGUGAAAGUUAUGUUUUUUGCAUUUUCCACACACAAACAGCACUUUCACUGAUGAUCUCAUUGUUGUGAUACGUUUUACUGUUUUGAAACACUCAUAUUUGUGUUCAGCGAAGUCUCCUGAAUAUAACAAUACCCUCCAUGUACAGGUUUUGUAGUGUUUUUGAAUGUUACAUGGUGUAAUAUAAGGGUUGCAUUUCAGGUUUUUUUUCACAUUGAAAUUUGCCAUAUUGGUAAUGUUGCCCAGGAAUGAGAAUUACCCCCAUGAUCGCAUACCAUUGGCAAAAGAAGACAACCCAAGGUAUUGCAAAUGGGGCAUGUUCAGUCUUUUUUAGUAGCCACUUAGUCACAAACACUGGCCAAAGUUAGCAUUCAUAAUAGUUUUUUUGCAUUUUUAACACACAAACAAAUGUAAAUGCUAACUUUGGCCAGUGUUUGUGACUAAGUGGCUACUACAAAAGACUGGACCUACCCCAUAUUGAAUACCCUGGGUUGUCUACUUUAAAACAAUAUGUAAAUGUGAGGUGUAAUUCAGAGAUUUAUGACAGAUAAAAGUGUUACAAUGUCACUAUUGAUACAUCCUACUUGUACUUAUAGCCCUAUAACCUGCAAAACAAAAAAGCUAAGAACAUGUUAACAUUGGGUAUUUCUAAACUCAGGACAAAAUUUAGAAACUAUUUAGCGUGGGUGUUUUUGGCGGUUGUAGGUGCGUAACAGAUUUUGGGGGCCAAAGUUAGAAAAAGUGUAUUUUUAAAAAACAAUUUCAUCAUAUUUUAUCAUUUUGUUUAUAGUAAAUUAUAUGAUAUGAUUAAAAUAAUGGUAUCUUUAGAAAGAGUAUUUACUGGCGCAAAAAACGGUAUAUAAUAUGUGUGGGUACAGUAAAUGAGUAAGAGGAAAAUUACAGCUAACACAAACACAGCAGAAAUGUAAAAACAGCCCUGGUUCCAAACGGAAAAGAAAAUUGAAAAAAGGUCACUAAGGGGUUAACGGUGCAACUGGAUGUAGGACUGCAAAGGAUGAGGCAGACUGAAUGUUAUGGGAGACAGCUCAAAUGUAUGGGGAAGAGAGGGGAAGGAGUACACUGAGAGGAGUGUUUAUUAUACAAUGAAUUAUAGAGAAUUGCUGACUGAGUUGCAAGUUGGUUGAAGAAGUUGUCCUGCUUGGCCAUUUUCUGUGAUUUUGUGAAUGCAUCGCCAACAAGGGAAAGAAAGCAAUAAUAUCAUUUUAAAGGAGAAGGGAACUAAAAUUAUAGGAGGAAUACUGUGAUUGAAAUGGAGGCAGGGAUGAGGAGUUUAAAUACAGGAAUGUGUACUGCCCAGCCAUCUUUCAUUUAGUUUAUCCAGUUGCUUUAAAGCUUUAUUCUCUAAAUAUAGAAUUGCAAAAUUUAGUUAAAAAAUUGCUGAUUUAGAAAAAUUCUCCAAAGGCAGCAAAGUCUCAUCUCAUCUCGAUUAUUUUAGCCUAAAUUCUGCAAUUCAUUUUUCCAAAUAGACUUUGAUUAUUUUACAAUCUCACGAGAAUAGUACAUAAACAUUGUUUAGAGGGAAUCCGUAGGUCCUGUUAGAAAGCUGUCCUGUGAAGUCUGCAGGGCGAUGAUCUCAUUGUCUGUCUCUCGUUCCUCCCUCUGGUUAUAGUGGACGAAGGCCCCGUCUUUGCAAUGUGCAUGGCAAGCUCUGGAGAUGAGAGGACAUUAGGCAAGUGGAUUCAGGGUCUUCAAGAGACCAAUCCUAUUCUGGGAAAAGUUCCUGUUCUCUUUCGGCUGAUCUCGAGCCCUCAAGAGCUGGCACCUGUGGAGAUUAAAGAGAAAGAAAAAACACCGGAAGUGGAUGAAGAGGUUGAAAACGAACCAGUGCAUCGUAGAAUGGAGCAGUAA